AUGUCCGAGGAGGAGCGCCUGCCAACAAGACAAACAUCGCUUCCCGAUAGAAUUAAGAUGGCUAUGCAAUCUCCCGAAGACUACUACAUCGUCAAAUAUCUUCAGAUGACUGUCGAAAGAGUAGUCAUUAAACUGGAAAAGACCAAGAUGACAAUUGACUACGGAGAGGGAUUCGGUCAAUUUGUACUCUCGUUCACGAAAGAUUCAUUCAACAACCUACCAGAAGAAUCUCUCCCAAAACCUUUUUCUAUCCUUGGAAUAUUCCAUGGCCUUGUUUCGAAAUUCACGGAACCUGAACCAGGAUUCGAUAUGAGAAAAUGGUUUGAUUAUCUCAGGGAUAUUAUCAUCAGUACCCACAUCGCACUGGACUUCGGACCUGGUGUAGAGUGCUUCAGUUUCGAGAUUAUCAAGCGAUUUCUACACGGAAUGGGUGUCUCGGAAAUAAUUAUUCCGGAAUUGAACAAUGAAUACUUCCGGAAGAUUCUCUAUGAGUAUCCAGCAGUUAAGUACUGGGUCUUGGCACACGAAGGACCGAGAGAUGAUGAGAUCUAUAAGGAGAUUAUGCGAAGAGACACUUUCCAUCUUUGUCUGCAGCCGAAUUGUAAGAUCUCUCUGGAUGAUGUUUCCAACUGCAACAUCGUCAAUUUAGAAAUCUGGUACACGCCAGAUACUAGUAAUCAGUUAUCUCAAAAGGAUCUCAACACUUUCCUCAAAAAUUGGAUAAACGGUUCGAAUCCCAACAUGAAAUCUCUCUCAAUCAAAAUGGAGUUCGAAGAAUUGGAUUUCGAAUUCACUAACAACGUAUUGGCUGGAAUUAACUACACUGAUGCACCCAACUAUCGGAAAAGAAAGUUUCCUCGAUCCUUCAUGAGACACACUGGAACGGACAAAGACUUUAUUGAGUAUAAAGGGGGUUAUGACUUCUUCCGAAAGGAUGGACUCAGAGGAACAAUCUUCUACGCGUUGGAUGAUUCAUACGGGGAUCUGGCGAGCUUCCGAUUCAUUGUUUGGCCCAAUUUUCGAUGA